AUGGGGAGAACGGUCGCUGUUGUUGUUCUUCUUCUUCUCUUUUUGGUUUCUCUUCUGGGCACUUGCUCUUCUUCUCUCUCUAGCUUCUCCCCGGUGGGAGACGGUCUGGUGCUGGCCUCUCUGAAGCAGGGCUUCCGGGCAUUCAGUCCGGCAUUGGAUGGCUGGGACUCGUCCCGCCCGAGCUCGGUCUGUUCAUGGCUGGGCGUGACGUGCGAGCUCGAUCGGGUCGUCUCCUUGGACCUCUCCGGCUUCAACCUCUCCGGCUCCAUCUCCCCGGAGAUCUCCGACCUCCACCGGCUCGUCAAUCUGUCCCUCGCCGGAAAUGCCUUCGCCGGUGAGCUCAAGCUCUCCAAUAUGACGAGCCUCCGGUCUGUAAACAUUUCCCGCAACCAGUUCAGCGGUGGCCUCGACUGGGACUUCUCGAGCUUGCCGAGCCUGGAGGUGCUCGACGCCUACGACAACAACUUCACCGCCCCGCUGCCGCUCGCCGCCGUGGACUCGCGGCGGCUCCGCCACCUCGACCUCGGAGGGAACUUCUUCUAUGGGAAGAUCCCCCCGGAGUACGGAAGCUGGGCCGCCAUUGAAUACCUCCAGCUCGCCGGUAAUGACCUCCGGGGAGGAAUACCCGGCGAACUGGGCAACCUCACGAGUCUGAGGGAGCUCUAUCUUGGCUACUUCAACGUCUUCGACGGCGGCGUACCGGCGGAGCUCGGAGAUUUGCAGAACCUCGUCGUCUUGGACCUCUCUAGCUGCGGCCUGGACGGGCAGGUCCCGCCGGAGCUGGGGAAUUUGCAGGCCCUGGAGACUCUGUUCCUCCACACCAACCUCUUCUCUGGGACCCUCCCCAGCUCGCUCGGCAACCUGACCAACCUCGUCUCCCUCGACCUCUCCAACAACGCCCUCGUCGGAGAGAUUCCCCCGGAGCUCGCUGGGCUGAGGCGGCUGUCCCUGCUCAACCUGUUCAUGAACAGGCUUCACGGGUCGCUGCCAGAAUCCAUGGCCGACCUUCCCAACCUGGAGAUUCUCCAGCUCUUCAUGAACAACCUCACUGGUGUCAUCCCCGAGAGGCUAGGCACCAACGGCAGGAUCCGGACGCUGGACCUCUCGUCCAACAAGCUCACCGGCGUGAUCCCCCCCAACCUCUGCUCCGGCAACCAGCUGAAAGUGCUCAUCCUGCUGAAGAACUUCCUGUUCGGGCCUAUCCCGGAGAGCUUGGGCACCUGCGGGAGCCUCACCAGAGUCCGGCUAGGGCAGAACUACCUCAACGGGAGCAUUCCUAUGGGCUUCCUCUACCUACCACUGCUCAACCUCGUCGAGCUUCAGAACAACUACCUGUCGGGGACGAUGGCGGAGAACCCCGACCCGGCGGCGGGCGGCUCGACCCAGCUGGCGCAGCUAAACCUCUCCGGAAACCUCCUCACUGGCCAUCUCCCCUCCUCCAUCUCGAACUUCUCCUACCUCCAGACCCUCCUCCUCAGUGGCAACCACUUCGACGGCCCGAUCCCUUCUUCCGUCGGAGGGCUCCGCCGCAUCGUCAAGCUCGACCUCAGCUCGAAUGUAUUCUCCGGCGAGAUACCGCCGGAGAUUGGGAACUGCUCGCAGCUCACCUACCUCGACCUGAGCCAGAAUGACCUCGUCGGAGCAAUCCCCCCAGAGAUCGCGAGCAUCCAGAUUCUCAAUUAUCUGAACCUCUCCCGCAACCAUCUGAACCAGGGGGGGAUCCCCCGGUCCAUCGGCGGCCUGAAGAGCCUCACCGCCGCCGACUUCUCCUUCAACGACCUGUCGGGGAGGCUGCCGGAAAAUGGCCAGUUCGUGUACUUCAACGCGUCCUCCUUCGCGGGCAACCCGCGGCUGUGCGGCCCCGCGCUGAACAACCCCUGCAACUACUCCGCCGGCGGGGUCCCGCCGGCGAAGUCCGUCUCCGGCGAUUUCAAGCUGGUCUUCUCCCUCGGUCUACUUGUCUGCUCCCUGCUCUUCGCCGGCGCCGCCAUCCUGAAGGCUCACUCUUACAAGCGAACAGACGGCGGUGGCGGCGGAAAGUGGAAGCUCACGGCCUUCCGGAAGCUCGACUUCGGCGUGAGCGACGUGGUCGAGUGCAUGAAGGACUCCAACGUGAUCGGACGCGGCGGCGCGGGUGUGGUCUACCUCGGCAGGACGGGCGGCGGCGGCGAGAUCGCCGUCAAGCGCCUGCUGGGCUUCGGCGGCGCCGCCGGUGGCCACGACCACGGCUUCCGUGCGGAGGUGCGCACGCUGGGCAACAUCCGGCACAGGAACAUCGUGAGGCUGUUGGCCUUCUGCUCUAACUCGCGUACCAACACCAACGUCCUCGUCUACGAGUACAUGCCCAACGGGAGCCUCGGGGAGGCGCUCCACGGUAAGCGCGGCGGCGCCGCCCCCCUAGGGUGGGACCGGCGGUACGCCAUCGCCGUCGAGUCCGCUCGGGGACUCUGCUACCUCCACCACGACUGCCGCCCGAUGAUCGUGCACCGCGACGUCAAGUCCAACAACAUCCUCCUCGACUCCGACUUCCGGGCCCACGUCGCCGACUUCGGCCUGGCCAAGUUCCUCCGCGACGGCGCCGCCUCGGAGUGCAUGUCCGCCAUCGCCGGCUCCUACGGCUACAUCGCCCCAGGUACCUUCCAUCUCCUCCCUACUCCUCGUCGUUUCCCAAUUGAGCGGCGUUUGACGGAGACAGGUCUGCAACCUGACUGCAACCUGCCUUCCCCGUCCGUCCUCCGCCACAGAGAUGGCCGGAAUCUGAUAAACUACGGGCUACUCACUGCUACGCCCAACCGGUCCCCACCUCCUCCCUGGCCUACGUCGGGAUCAGAUUUGCCGGCGGGGUCGGCGGUGGAGGUGGUCACUCUGACACAACAUUCUGAUCUCUGGCCACCGCUUGUAAGAGAGUUCUGCGGUAUUUUCCGACAAGGCCGCCGUCUCGGAUUCUACACAGUCAUGAUCUCCAUGGUUGAUCAAUUUUCCUAGAUCUUGGGUCUGAUUAUCUUUCCACUGAUUUGGACGCAGAGUACGCCUACACGCUAAGGGUGGACGAGAAGAGCGACGUGUACAGCUUCGGGGUGGUGCUGCUUGAGCUGCUCACCGGGCGGCGCCCGGUGGGGGAGUUCGGGGACGGCGUGGACAUCGUGCAGUGGGCGAAGUCGACCACCGGCUGCUGCAAGGAGAACGCGCCGGCGAUCGUCGACAAGCGGGUUGGGGCGGCGGCACCGCCCGGCGAGGCCAUGCACGUUUUCUUCGUGGCCAUGCUCUGCGUCCAGGAGAACAGCGUCGAGCGGCCCACCAUGCGGGAGGUUGUCCAGAUGCUGUCCGAGUUCCCCCGCCAUCCCCACGAGGAGCGCGCGCCGCCGUCCUCCGCCGUGGACGUCAUCCACAAGGAGAACGACAGCUGUUACAAGCUCUUCCCGGACCUGCUCAACUGA